AUGAACUCUCUCUCCGCCAUCCUCCUCCUCGCCUGUGGGCUCUGCUUUGCCCAGGCCAUGGACUACAGGGCUCUGUGGCAGUUCAGGGACAUGAUCAUCUGUGCCAACCCCACCAGCUGGCCCAUCCUGGAGUACGCUGACUACGGCUGCUACUGCGGCAAGGGCGGCUCUGGCACCCCCGUCGACGACCUGGACAGAUGCUGCGAGGUGCAUGACGCUUGCUACGGCGAUGCCAUGCAGCACGAUUCCUGUUGGCCCAUCUUCGACAACCCCUACACCGAGAUCUAUGCCUUCACCUGCGACAAGCCCAGCAACACCGUCACCUGCCCAGCUGACAAGAACAACGAGUGUGAGCAGUUCAUCUGUGAGUGCGACAGGAAGGCCGCUGAGUGUUUCUCCACCGCUGGCUACAAUCCCGAACACGAGCACCUGCCCAGCGAUCAGUGCCAGUAAACACACUCGACAGACACACUCGAGCGUACGAACAUGCACACACAAGCACACACACACACUCACACAGGACACAUGGAUACACCAGCACACUCGCCAAACCAAACAACCUGGACUGGAAGCACGAGUUGGAUCAACAUCAGCGGAGAUCAUCUGGACGUACACCAGCACAACUGUGUUGCCACAGCAACUGAGAACACUCAGUGCCCUGCUGUUUUCAUACAGUAGAUAAUCAUGACUGUUAGUGAACUGUUAGUAAAGACUGUGAUAUCUUAGAGGCACCAAAAACAUGUUAUACUUGUAAAACUCAGUAUACUGCCGCAAAGUAGUUUGUUGCUAUCUUUCCAUAUUGUCCAGAGUGCUUGGCUGUCAGCGUGCGU